AUGUUAGAUUCUGACGAAUCCGACGAUGAGCCACUGUCUGUUUUGGCAGCGAAGAAGUUGAAUCCAGCUACUAUUUUAAACGAAGGGGAAUGUGAAGAAGACACUAAGAUCGGGCUAAUAAAAAAUAUUGCCUUAAAAACAAAAUUAAACCGUAAUUCUUCUGCGACACCAAUUGUUGUGCAGAGACCUUUGGAUGUAUGGCUAUAUUUAAAAGAUUUUAAUACUACUGGCCCAUUUAGUUGUUUAUUAUGCCCAGAUUGGUUUAUAAACAGACCAAAAGUUAUUUUGCACUAUGUCCUGAAUCAUAAGAAGGAUUUUUGUGGCAUAUGCAGAUAUUUUGUACCAGAUCGACAAUCUUGGAUAGAACAUGAAAAGUUUCAUGUCCCUUGGCCAUGUUCACAAUGUGUAUCAUCAUUUCAAAGUGAAGAUUUAUUGCGUGACCAUUUAAGAAGUGAACACAAUCUUGUACACUGUCGACUUUGCCAUUUUAGAGUUUCAGCAGAUACUAAUUAUGAUGCCCAUCUCCUUCAAAAGCAUAAUGUUACUAAUGGGUCAAGCGUUUACGGAACCUUGUGGGAAUUGGACCCAGAUGAUGCUAUUUUUUCCUGUGUUCUAUGUUCAAAGACAGAAAAUCUCUUGACUGCCUUUUUCAGCCAUUACAUGGGCUACCAUCACUUUACACUUAAAUGCCUCGCUAGCUUAGUAUCUGGGAAAGAUCCACCAUUUACUGUAAAAGGUGUUGACAUAAGUUCACAAUUUCUGGAUUCCGAGUUAAGUGGUCAAACAAGAUUUGGUUAUGUCGAUUUGGAAGCACCAAUGCCACAACAAAAUGAUGAGGUAGAAGAUACACAAAUCCAGUUAUCUGAUCUUGUACCAGAAAUAAAAACGGAAGCACACAGUGAUGAUGAAGAUAUUAAAGUCCUUGAAGAAGCUAGUAAGGGUGAAAACCAAAGUGAAAGCUUAAAUGAAAGUCAAAAUGAAGAGAGUAUUGACUAUCGUGGAGAAAUAGAUUUCGAUAUCACCUUAACAGAAAUUCUCCUAUUAGAUAAUGCUUAUUUUGACUAUAUCUCAAAAGUUUAUAAAAAUAUAGACGAGGGAGUGGUACCAGACUUUUCAAGUGUAGAUUAUGGUUGCAAAUCAGAUUUUACUGACUUAGAAUGCAAAUUAUGUAAAGUGAUUUUUGAAGAUGCACCAACAUUUACCGUGCACAUGACAAAGAUGCAUUCUGUAAAAACUGAGCAGUUAUACUCCUGUAGGGUAUGUUUAGCAUCGUUUGACACAAAUUAUGCAUUAAUAGCACAUACUCUUCAAGAGUUGGGUGAUUUUGAAGAUCUGUGGAUAUGUCAGUUUUGUGACAAGGAAUUUAAUAAUAGGGAGCUGACUAGACAGCAUCUGACUGAUCAUUGGGACCAGUUAGAGUUUGAAAAUUGCUUUAGCCCACAUCUUGGUUUUAAAUGCAGGCUAUGUCCAAUGUUAUUCUGGAAUGAACAAGACAGAGAACUACACCAGAUUAAUUCACAUUUUGAAAAAUAUAAAGAAAGUUUUUAUAAGUGUGAGGAUUGUUCAUUAAUUUUUGGGGAUAAGGUGUGGUUUGUAUACCAUUACAUACAAAAGCAUAUAAAUGAGCAGACCAGAGCAACCUAUUUAUUGAAGUGUUGUUUGUGUUGCCUUGUUAUUUCUAAUAUUGAGGACAUGAGGAACCAUUUCGAGGAAUAUCACCCUGAGGCUAAGAAGUUAUAUUGCUCACUUGAUACUUGUGUAUACCGGCCCUUAAGUCAGAAGAAAUCUUUAAAGGUUCAUGUUAAGACGGUACAUUCAACGAAUCGUGAUCAGAAACCGAAAGUAUUCAGCUGUCAUGUGUGUCAGCGACGAUUUCCAAACUCUAGAUCCUGCAAUACCCAUAUUACGGCUGCUCAUGGCACGGCUGGCAAGUUCAAGUGCAAACUGUGCAAAGAUCUGUUACAGACUGCGGAUGAACGGAAACUCCACUACCUACUUCGGCACCCUGGUCGUCAUCCCUUCGAAUGUUCGGAGUGCGGGAAGUCUUUCCAAUACAAGUCAUCGUUGUACAUGCACAAGCAGGACCACCAACCCAACAAGCAAAGUUACACGUGUGAUUAUUGCGGAAAAAUAUUUGCCAAGAAAGACUCAUUCCGCGAGCACGUACAAAUCCACGAAGGCCCGCGUCACGCGUGCUCGUACUGUCCGAUGCGGUUCGUGCAACGCUCGAACAUGUUACGUCACGAGCGACGUCACACGGGCGAGAGGCCGUACACGUGCCCGCAUUGUCCUAAGACUUUUGCCGAUAAGGGGGCUUGUACGUCACAUUCCAGAACACAUUCUAAGGAUAGAUCUUACGUUUGCCUGUAUUGUGGUCAGACAUUCCUACAAAAGUCCAAACUUACCUAUCACAUACGCAGACAUACGGGAGAAAAUUUGGAGACAUGUACAGUUUGCUCAAAGUUGUUUACUAGUGCUUGUUCACUUCGGGAGCAUAUGAAGACUCAUGCGGCGAAAAAUACUAAAGUCAAAUGCCUCGUAUGUGAUAAAAAAUACCACGAUGAGCGAUACAUGUUACGGCAUAUGCGUACAAUACACGGUAACAGGCAAUUGACAUGUCCCCUUUGCCCCAAACUGGUGUCGAGUAUGGCCGCACUACGGUACCACGUUUUGACACAUAGCAGCCUUAAUACAUUUAAAUGUAAGUGCUGCAAGAAAUCGUACAUGGUCCGUCGCACUAUUGUGAAACACCUUCGCAAACGUCACGGUUUAAAUGCUGCCGAAGUCAACAUUAAGGAGUAUUAUUCAAAAUUGGAGCCUAGAGAAUGCAAUCUGAAGAUAGAUGAGACUACUAUGACCAGAAUUUUUGGACCUCCAAAGAAAGACUCUCCAAAUGUAGUUGGAGACUUUGUAACAUUCACAAAGAGACUGAAAUUAGCUGAGAAUCUCGAUCAAAACACUGAUGAUACUGAAGAAGCUGACCAGAUGUCAGAAGAUGAUAAGGAGCCAGAGAAAGAGACUGAAACUCCAAAAGAGAAACCACAUUUCACGCAAGUGGUGUGUAAGGAAGAGGUGGUUGAUCCAGAAUACGAUCUGGAACCUACUGACUUUGUUAGUGUUAAGAUUGAACCAGUCGAGGAAGAACCUCAAGAGAAUAAUUAG